AAGAAGAAGAAGCUGGAGGAGGAAGAAGAAUCUGUCAGGCUGCUCCGUGCCACCAGCUGGACUUUUUCUGUCUUCUGAACCGCCACAAAGCAGCGUAUUGUCAGCUUGUGUGUCUGUGUGUGUCGGUGCUGCAGCGGAUGACUGAUGAGGAACCGGAGGGUCUGAAACAGCAGCAGCAAGGAGGCUCCGUGAGUCCGCGGUGAUGGAUGCAGAGAGCAGUGAGCUGUUCCUCGGCACCGUGGCGGCCGGCAGCUGGCAGCUCGAUGCUCCUUUCUCCUGCUCCGAGCUCGUCUUCAGCGGAUCUGACAAACCCCUGCAGGACUGGGCAGUGGAGCCCGACUCUACGCUCCACGACAGCGAAUCAGAGGACGUCCUCCACGGCGUCGAUCCAAACGAGGUGUUUCCCAGCGCGCCGCCUGCCGACCCGUCGUCAGAGAGCGACAGCGGCAUCUCCGAGGAGCCUGUUGUCGAGAGUCCCGUCACCAUGGUGACCGCGGCGACCACCCAGCCGGCCCUGGCGACCGUUUACCAGGUGGUUUAUGACAUCAGUGGCCUGGGUGGAGCCAAAAGUGACGCCGGACAGGAGAACAUCAUCUCCAUCGAGCUCGAUGAAUGGAGCUCUCAGGUGCUGCUGUCGGACUCGUGCGUCGUGAAUGAGCUGCCGAUGCUUUCAGCAGCUCGUCAGGUCGCCAUCGACCCUCCCAGCCCCGACGGAGAGCUGCUGCAGGCGGAUCUCCAGCUGACCGAGGAGGAGCAGAAGCUGCUGACUCAGGAGGGAGUUUCUCUGCCCGGCAGCCUUCCUCUCACCAAGGCUGAGGAACGAAUCCUGAAGAAAGUUCGCAGGAAAAUCCGCAACAAGCAGUCUGCUCAGGACAGCCGUCGGAGGAGGAAGGAGUACAUCGACGGGCUAGAGAGCAGGGCGGCAGCGUGUUCAGCACAGAACAAAGAGCUGCAGAGGACGGUGGAGCAGCUGGAGAAACACAACAUGUCUCUGCUGGCUCAACUGCGACAGCUUCAGUCUCUGAUCAAACAGACGGUCAGCAAAGGAGCCCAGACCAGCACCUGCUUACUGAUCAUCCUGGUGUCUUUAAGUCUCAUCAUCCUGCCCAGUUUCAGCCCCUUCCGACGCGACCCGACUGCAGAUAUCGACUACAGACCCACAGGAGUUAUUUCCAGGAACAUCCUGACUGAUCCGAUGUCUUCGCAGCCGACGGCAGAAGAGCUCGACGGUUCGGUGGUCCGAUCCGAGUCCUCAUCGGCGCCUUCUGAUCUCAGCCAAUCAGAACUUCCGGAGGGCGCCCCCAUCCUCCAAGAACUAACAGAAAACUCUAAUAAUUCAGCUGCUGAUGGCGCAGCCCUUGAAGCGAGCCAGUCAGGAAACAGCUCGAUUGUUGUUGCCGGGCAGACUGAACUGGCAGCCCUAAAAGGAAGCCGUGACCCGGGAAAACCGGCACAUGCCGACGAGAUGUAGACGAACUGUCAGAGUGAAGUGGACAUUUUGUUCUCAUGAACAUGAACUCACAAAGCAUUAGUAGCUGCUACAGUAGGGAUCGUCUGCUCGAUCACUAUCAGCAGAUAUCUGUUAGAAAAGUUCCGUGGUGGCGGUCUGAAAGGUUCUGAAAAUGUUUUAUAUUAAAAUACGUUUAUUUGACUUUAUAUUAUUAGCUCAAGUUCUUUAGUCCAGAUAUAAGAGCAGUAUUAGAAAGUUUGUAACAGAUCAAUAAUGAGCCUUCAGCAGCCUGAAGUUAAGACGACACACCAACUCCACUAGUGUCUUAUUUGGCCCGAUGAACUCGUUCUGCUUAUGAGGUUUGAUCAUCCUGAAAUGUCCAGAUGAAGCUUCAUUCACAAAAAUGUCCUACAACAGUAAAAACAACACAAAGAAAGAAUCAGUUUGUUCUUUUAUUUGUCCAAGACUUCCAGCAAUGUUUACACAGAGAAGAGAGGAGACAAAUACGAAGUGCCUUAAAUGUGUCCGAAAUGACUUCAGAUUAAUGCAAAAUACCAGAAAAAUAUACAAAAUCACUUAAAAAUUGGCCAAAAUGACUAAAAAUACUCAAGAUAACUUAAAAUUUUUCCAAAUAGACAAAUAUAAAUAAUGACUUGAGACCUUUGUUUCUGGUAAAGUUUAAUUCACCAAAAUGUCCUACAGGAGUGAAAGAAAACCAUGAAGACUCAAGUCAAGCCUCAAAAACUCAAAACCUGCCAGCGGGUUUGAAAGAUGUUUUAUCUUUAACUUAAUGCCCAAAUAUCAACAUAUGUCAGCCAGAACCUGUAAAAUCAGGAAAAAAUGUUGGACUUUCAGCUUUGGUCCAAAAGCUAAUUAUCUGUGACAUGCAGUUCCAUCGGGAAAAUUAACCAAAUCUGAGCUAAAAGUCUUCAUCAAAAUCACCUUAUUCUGCAUCUCAGUUCACCAUUAGCCAAAAACAUAGUUCUUCUCAGUAGAUUAUGUUAAAAACAAAACAUUCUGCUCUCCUCAGAACAACCGAUUCUCCAUGACUUGACUCUGCUGGCAGAGUCACAUGACAAAAAUUCUAAAGGCAAGUAUGGAUUGACUUUUAAUUUGUCCAAAAAGGCAAAAAAAUAAACAUACAAAAUGAAGAAAAAUCUCCACAGUUACUUCAGAUGUGUCCAAAAUGUCAAACAUAUGUCUAUCAUGACGUAAAAAUUGUCUUAAAAUGUCCAGAAUGAAAUCAGUGUCAAAAAUAGCACUUGUCCAAACUGAAGAACAAAAAGGCGAUUAUGACUCCAAAUCUGUCUAAAAUGACCAAGAAUGUCCAAAAUGACUUGUAGUUUGCCCAAAAUGUCAAAGAAAUGUCUAGAAUGACUUUCAAAUAGUCAAAAUGUACUCAAAAAUAGUCCAAAAUGAGAAAAAAUAUGUCUACAUUCCCUCAAUAUUAAUCUGUGGUUGUUUUUAAUGCUCAUAUCCAGCUCUGUUUUUAUUCUGGGACUCCACUGGAGCACCUUUGUAUGAUUCAUUUAUUAAUCUUCUCAACUUACUUUAGCUACUGUCUCUUUAAGGGCCGCCUCCCUAAAAGUAUACUUUCUUCUGAUUGGUCGGUUUCUGGAAGCCUGCAUCCAGUUGUCCAAAUGAAAAAAAACAAAAAUCCAACAUGACUUGAAAUUUGUCUGAAGUGUCAAAAAAUGACCAAAAUAACAUAAAAUAAAUAAAACAAUUGGUCCAAAAUGACGAACGUGUAAUAUGUAAUAAUUUCAAAAUGUUCUACUGAAGUGAAGCUGCUGUAAAUAAUGUUGGCUAUUUGAACAAGUGUUAUUGGGGAGGAUCUGCUGAGUGUGAUUGAAUUUUAAAUGUAAAUUUGUUGGGUUUUGAGGCAAAAACGUGUUUCAUGCUUUUGGAUUUUGAAAAAUGGACAUUUUAGGUGUGUAUUGUACUAUUUUGUCUUUUUAUGUGUGUAGAUUUCAUUACAGAACAUAUUUUAAUUUCUUAAAACCAGCUUUUCCUCCUCCUCUGAUCAAGGAAUCUCCACUGCAGCACCUCUGAGCAUUUUAAUAACAUCCUUUAAACAUUUUGUUAAGAAUUUUUGGCACAUUUAAUUCUUUUUCUUGGAUUUUUUUCCUUCUUUUUUAUACAUUUGAGACUAUUUAGAUUUCAGGGUUUUAAAAGUAUUAUUUGGUAUUUUAUUAGUAUUUUGGGAGAUUUUUCUGACAUUAUUUUUUCUCUACUUUUUAAAAUAAUUUUAAAAAAUAUUUAUUAUUUUUUUUCCCGACAUUUAAAUAUAUAUUUUUUAAUAUUUCUUGGACAUUUUAAUAAUCUCCUGAACAUGAACGAUUUUUUUUUUGUGCCAUAUUUCAUUCUUUUUUUAAACAUUUAAUGACAGUUAAAUUUGACCAGUUGUUCAAAUUUCUGUUCUGGAAAUAAAUGAGGGUGCUUUCAAUUUGCAUAUUACUUAAUUUGCAUAUUAAAACCUGUCAUACAGUCAGCUAUGGCGAUAUAUAUAUAUAUAAGGUUAUAUUUUCUCUCUUCUCACCCUUAAGCCACAGGUCCUGUUUCACGCAGUAGAUUUAUUUAUUUUGGUGCAUUAAGGGGUCAAAAUAUGUUUGAAUCUCCUGCUGUAGCUCAGAUAAACCUGCUCUUAUUUUUUCACACCUCCAUAUUGAUCAGCUUGAUUUGCUUGGGAUGUCUUUGUUUUUGAGCUUUAAUAAAAUGGAACAGUUCAUUUCGA